CUCCUGUACCGUAACACCAGCUGUAGACGCGCAUCAAGCUUCAAGAUGCUGUUACAUGGGCUGUCCUGAGCGCUAGACCGCGGGUUCCCAGUCUCUGCUCGUCCUCUGGAGAAAUGGCCGAGACAGUGACCCUCAGCACCGGUGCACGAAUGCCCACAGUCGGGCUCGGAACAUGGAAGUCUGCCCCUGGUCAGGUGACAGAAGCAGUGAAAGCUGCCAUCAAAGCAGGAUACAGGCACAUCGAUGCAGCGUUCGUCUACCACAACGAGGCAGAGGUGGGAGAGGGUGUUCAGGCCAUGAUCAAGGAUGGCGUAGUGAAGAGAGAGGAUCUUUUCAUCGUUAGCAAACUGUGGUGCACUUUCCAUGAGAAGUCCGUGGUGAGGCAGGCUUGUGAGAAAACCCUCAGUGAUCUUAAACUGGAGUACGUCGACCUCUACCUUGUGCACUGGCCCAUGGGUUUCAAGCCCGGCAAUGACGAUCUUCCUCUGGACAGCUCAGGACAAGUGAUCAGUGACAACACAGACUUCCUGGGGACUUGGGAGGGGAUGGAGGAGCUGGUUGACGCUGGUUUGGUCAAAGCCAUCGGUGUCUCCAACUUCAACAAGCAGCAGAUUGAAGCCAUUCUCAACAAGCCCGGCCUCAAAUACAAGCCUGCCAACAACCAGGUGGAGUGCCACCCAUACCUGACCCAGGAGAAGCUGAUCAACUACUGCCACUCUCAGGGCAUCUCAGUGACAGCGUACAGUCCGCUGGGCUCCCCUGACAGAUCCUGGGCUUCAGCAGAUGACCCACCACUUCUGGAGAACCCCGUCCUGAAGGCCAUUGCAGAAAAGUACAAGAAGAGCACAGCUCAGGUCCUGAUCCGCUUUCACGUCCAGAGGAACGUGAUCGCGAUCCCCAAGUCUGUCACGCCUCAGCGCAUUCAGGAGAAUUUCCAAGUUUUCGACUUUGAACUGAGCGAGGAGGAAAUGAAAACUAUAUCGGGCUUCAACAGGAACUGGAGGGCUUGUCCCAUGCAGUGGGGCACCAACCACAAGGACUUUCCUUUCAAUGCUGAAUUCUGAAAAGAAACAUGCUGGUUUGUUAGAAAUGCAGGUUUGCAGUGAAAAGCUGGGAUUUGGUUCUUGUCACUUCGGCCUUGACAGACUAGAUUUUUAUUUUCAUGUCACAUGUUUCAAGAAACAAAAACUUUAUUUGAUCAUUGGUCUUGUCUCCAUUCUCCAAAAACAAAUUUAUCCUCAAGAUGUUUGCACUCCUACAAUGUGAGUUAACCGUUUAUUUUUUCUGUUGUUUUUUGUAGAGCCAGAGUUAGCGGUACAGCUAAUCUGCAUUUUUCUUUAAAACUCUAGUUUGUCUUCUGUAAAUAGGAAGUUACAGUGUUUUGUCUAAGUUUAUCAUCAGUUCGACUGUUUUUCGUUUGUCAUCAGUGAAGCAUUUUAACUUCUUACUAAAGAACGAAUAUAUGGGUGCAUAGACAGUACAUGUUAUAUUCUUAAAGUGAUAAAAGAGUAAGUGAUUUCCCGAAACGUGGAUAACAAAAGUACUUCCCCCUGUUGUCCGAGUCAUGUGUGGCACUUUGUUACCAUGUGUAUUGACCCUGUUUUGAAAUAACCACUCUCACUUCCCCUGUCAGCUGUUUUAUUUUUUCAAAUAAAGUCCUGCAGCAGAAAUAUAAAACAA